AUGACUAUAAACCAAACCAAAAACCCAAUCCGCAUCGGUCGUCGCGCGGAUCACCAAGGACCGCGUUCUGGAGCUUCUGCUCUGGCCCCAGAUUUGGAAAAAUAUGCUACAGAGCACAAUAACAACGAUAAAAAUCGACUAAUUCGUAACGAAAAGCAAUUGAAUAUAUCAACAUACAAUGUAAGAACGCUACAAUCAGCACACCAGAUACCAGAACUUAUCGCAACAGCAAUCAAAUAUCAUAUAGAUGUGAUAAAUGUACAAGAACAUCGGCUAUUCCACGAUGAUUCAAACAUAAAGCAACAUGAUUUCGGAAAAGGAUGGACAUUUAUUUCAGUUUCAGCACUUAAAAACACAGUAAACGCAACAUCCGGCGGGGUGGGAAUCCUGCUGAGCCCACAUGCUAUGAAAUCACUGAAAAGCGUCGAAAAGAUAACAUCACGUAUCAUCCAUGCAACGUUCGACGGGAAUCCUGCACCAAAUAUAGUAUCAUGUUAUAGCCCAACUAAUACAGCUGAAAAGCAAGAAUAG